AUGGCGAGUCUAAUCGCCACCAAGCCUUGCAUAGGCAGACUCCUGCGGCCACGCGAGCUCCAGCUCGGCGCAACGGCGAUCACCCAACCGUCGGUGUUUGCCGCGACACGAACCUUUGCGACCACCGCGCCGCAGUGCAAGAGGACGAAGCACAGCAAGACGAGAGAUAACAACCGCUUCCGAGGAGUAAGCGCUCUCCGAAGGACGGGACUCCGCGAGCCCGUAUCCGUGUCGAAUGUGCCGCUACCUAAACCCGUCGAAUUCCUCCCCAAAAUCGAGGUGGACCCGAAUCACGGCCUCUACGCAUUCUUCGCGGGCCCCGACAAGUUGAUGAACACGCCAGCGGAGGACAGAGAGCACGGACGGGCGUGGUCGGUCGAGGAGCUGCGAAGGAAGAGCUGGGACGACUUGCAGAGGCUCUGGUGGGUGUGCUGUCGGGAGAGGAACAGGAUCUCGACGGCGGAUAAGGAGAGGAAACGGGCCAAUAUGGGAUUCGGAGCUGCUGAGUCGAAGAACAGGGACGAUGCGGUCAAGCAAACGAUGAAGGCUAUCAAGCACGUCUUGACGGAACGAUACUACCUCUGGGAGGAUGCGUACGAAAUUGCAAAGAACGACCCCGAAAUCAACCUGACUGGCGACGGAGACGUCUACGUGCCGCUGGAGGAUCAGGAGUUCUUUGAGGAGGAGGAAGCGAGGGCCAAGUCUGAGGCUCCUAAGUCGGCUCCGGCUUAA